AUGGCUUCCGUAGCUUGUCAUUCUCUCCUCACUUGGGUUCUGGUUGUAAGCAUCCUAAUCACAGUCCUAUCAGGACAUGCAGUCGAAGGACGUGAAGUCCCAAAAGGCUCCAAGGAUGUCGAUAUGAAAAAGCCCGACUGUAACCUUGGCCAAGAUGGAAGCGUCACGAUUCCAGGCAUCGGCCGAGUGAUGGUACCACCGCCAUUUGAAGACGCCUCUAUUGGGAGAGCCGGUGGGACACCACGUCGUUACAUUCCUGGCAAUGACGACACGCUCAUCCCCAAUCCGGGUUAUGAAGUGCCGAUUGGUGGUGGAAAUUUCGCAGAUCCUUGA